UUGAGACAAACUUUCUGCUGCUGGAUUUUGUAGCUCAUCUAUAGAUCGACUCAUGAGGAUGAGGAUGGUAUUCUCAAGGAGAAGAUAGGAUGAUCCAGCACAGACAAAACUGAACUGAGGUUAGAUCAGUCUUCAGCAGGUGGUGGAGCAGAAGGAGCUGGGAGAUACUCGGAGAAGGUCUUACCUGGAGUUUUGGGGGAGGAGCCUAGAGAACCUGUGCCCAUACUUGGUCAGCGCGAGGCGGAUGGGCGAGGUCACCUGGUUGCGUCACGUGCAGAAACUGUGCUAGUUACCUGCUGCCUCGCAGUUCCUCCAUUUAGCCUGGGGAAGAGUUCCAGCUCUGAGGAGAGCAGAGAGAGGGGAUUUCCGAGGAUUAUUCGGUUUAUUUUCUGUUACAUGGAGACUUUAAGGAGUGUACGGCUGGGGGUUCUUCUCGUUCUACUGCAGGUGCUCUCCACCAGCUUUGCUGAUCAGACGCCAUGUUCAAACGGAUUUGAUUCAGCGGUGUUCAUUUUCAAAGUGCACAGACCUCACCUUCACAGAGGCAGGAGGCUGGGCAGAGUUAUUUUUAAUGACUGCAGCGGUAGAACACGUCAUGCCUAUGACUCAACCGACAAGCGUUUUCAAGUGGAAGGUGAUGGCACAGUGAAGCUGAAGAGACAAGUCACCCUGCAUGAAGGUCACAAGUUGUUUUCUGUCCAUGUUUGGGACUCUGUGGGCAGUAAACACACAACAAGUGUAAAAGUCGAGCAGGAAGCCAGGAUCGAUCAUCAUCAUGGCCAUCAUGAUGACAAGGAAGCAGUCAGCACUGUGGAGAGUGAAUCCCCCUCCGAUCUUCCAGUUCUGGAGUUCCCAAAAUCUUCUGGGGGGUUGAGGAGGAGAAAGAGAGAGUGGGUGAUUCCUCCCAUCUUUUUCCCAGAGAAUCACAGGGGCCCAUUUCCAAAGGAGAUGGUGCAGAUUAAGUCCAGUCAUGCUAAGGAAACUAAGAUGGUGUACAGCAUCACUGGUGAAGGAGCAGAUAAGCCUCCAGUGGGACUUUUCACCAUUAAUAAAAACACUGGAUGGCUUAGUGUAACAAAGCCUCUAGACAGAGAGACCAAAGACAAAUAUGUGCUUCAAGCUCAUUCGAUUGCAGCUGAUGGUGAGGUUAAAGAAGAUCCUAUGGAGAUUAUCGUCAAUGUGAUCGACCAGAAUGAUAACAAGCCCAUCUUCACCCAAAACCCUUUUCUUGGAAGUGUUCCAGAAGCUUCACCUAAAGAGUUUGAGUUCAUGAUAGUCAAUGCCACCGACGCAGACGAUCCUGAAACUGACAAUGCAGACGUCAGAUACUCCAUCAUCAGUCAGACUCCACCACUGCCAGAUCCAAACAUGUUCAUCAUUAACUCGAUUACUGGAGGGAUUAGAGUGAACUCUGAUGGGCUGGACAGAGAGAAUUAUCCUGAGUACACCUUGCUGAUCCAAGCUGCAGAUAUGAUGGGUAAUGGCCUCGUCACCACUGGAACAGCUGUUAUUACUAUAACUGAUAGCAACGACCACGCUCCACAGUUUGAAAAGACCACGUACACUGCAUCAGUCCCAGAGAAUAAAGUAGGAGCUGUGGUGGUGAAGCUACCAGUGACUGAUGGAGAUGAACCUCAGUCUCCUGCCUGGAUGGCCAAAUUCAGGAUCUCUGGUGUAAACAAUGGUGGAUUUUUCAGCAUUAGCACAGGACCCAACAAACAGGAGGGCAUCAUUACUGCUGUUAAGCCAUUGGACUUUGAACAGAACAACAAGUACACUCUGCUGGUGAUCGCUGAGAAUGAAGUUCCGUUUGCCAACCCCCUUCAGACAUCCACUGCCACAGUCAUCGUGAAUGUUCAGGAUGUGAAUGAGGCUCCAGUGUUUGACCCAGUGGAGCACAUCAUUUCUAUACCUGAAGAUCUGGAAGUUGGUACUGAAAUAACAGUUUACACCGCCACUGAUCCAGAUACAGCAAGGGCUCAGACAGUGACAUACCGUAUAUCUAGUGAAGAUCGUGCUGGCUGGGUGAGUGUUGACCGAGACACUGGACUGAUCAGAGUGAAGAGCCCCAUGGACAGAGAGUCUCCUUUUGUGAAAGAUGGCAAAUAUAAAGUUCUAAUCUUGGCUGUUGAUAAUGAUCAAGUUCCAGCUACAGGUACAGGAACCCUUGUGAUCGAGCUGGAAGAUGUGAAUGAUAACGCUCCCGUUGUUGAAGAGAGGGAGAUCAAAGUGUGCAAUAAGGACUCUGUUCCAGUUUCACUCUCUGCAACAGAUAAGGAUGGGCCUCGUUUUGCUGCUCCAUUCACUGUUGAACUCCAGGGAGAUGGCAGGAAUAAUUGGACUGCCAGGAUGAACGACUCAAAUAAAAUUAUACUCACGCUUAAGACUGCAUUACAACAGGGAAAAUACAAUGUGGUUCUGAGGGUGUAUGAUUCCGGCCUCCACCACCAAGACAGCACUAUCCUUGCCUCUGUAUGUGACUGCACUGGAGAAGACUUGCAGUGCUUAGACAGGGAAAUUGCAGGCUUGGGCCUAUCACCGAUCCUUGGAAUUCUGGGGGCUAUACUGGCUUUGCUAAUUCUGGUCCUAUUGCUACUCCUGUUUCUGAGGAAGAAGAGAUCAGUGAAGAAACACCCACUGCUUCCCGAAGAUGAUGUCAGGGAUGACCUCUACUACUAUGAUGAAGAGGGUGGUGGAGAAGAUGAUCAGGACUAUGACUUGAGCAUCCUGCACAGGGGCCUUGACAACCGCCCUGGUGUUUUCCGCAACGAUGAAGCUCCAACCUUUAUGGCAGCACCCCAAUACCGUCCCCGUCCCACCAACCCUGAAGAGAUUGGCACCUUUAUUGAUGAUAACCUGAAGGCGGCUGAUAACGACCCCACAGCUCCACCUUACGACUCUCUGCUGGUGUUUGACUAUGAAGGGGGCGGUUCGGAGGCCGGCAGUCUCAGCUCCCUGAACUCCUCAGACUCUGGGGACCAGGACUACGACCGCCUGCAUGAGUGGGGUCCACGCUUUAAGAAGCUCGCUGACAUGUACGGAGGAGGAGAUGAGCUGUGAGGAGAUUACUGCAGCUAAAUGUAUCACUUAGAAUGAUGCACAUGGAUUAAUAAAUGGAUGGAUAUAUGUAUUAGUGCCACAUAAAAACAGGCAGUUCUGCUGUGUAAUAUUAUACCGCUGCCAAUGACUGUGACAAAUUACAUUUUGCAUUAAAUUCUGAAAAAAAAAUUACAAUUACAACAAAACAGAAAACAAAUGUAUAGCGACUGAAACUGUUUUGGCUAAAAUGUGAAAUAUAUGCAUACGUUUACUUUGGGGCCAAAGUAAACUAUUUGAUAGCUUUAAAGAUCUUUUGUGCAUUUACACAAAUGAACGUGAGUUAACAGUCAGUGAUCAAUAAUCUACUGAACAUUUUGUUCUAGCUUACUUUACAUGCCUUUUCUAAAACUCCUGCCAUUUUUUUGAACAGUGUAGAAAAACAUUGCGGUGUAACCAUUUUUUAUAUUGUAUUUUUAUAUAUUACGUACAAUACAUUUUAUAUUACAUAUUCACUUUAUUACUCAUUUUGUGUAAUGUUUUGGAUCUUUUUGAAGAACGUGCAGAACUUCAGUCAACCUGAUUUAUUAGAUACUUUUCACAGAUACAUAUUUUCAGCUCUGGAAAAAAAAAUAGACCACUUCUGAAUUAGUUUCUGAAUCAGUUUCUCUGAUUUUGCUAUUUAUAGGUUUAUGUUUGAGUAAAUUUAACAUUGUUGUUUUAUUCAAUAAACUACGGACAACAUUUCUCCCAAAUUCCAAAUAAAAUAUUAUAAUUUACAGCAUUUAUUUGCAGAAAAUGAAAAAUGGCUGAAAUAUAAAAAAUGAUGCACAGCUUUCAGACCUCAAAUAAUGCAAAGAAAACAAGUUCAUAAAUCAGUAUUUAUUGUUUUUUAAUCACAGUUUUUAUGCAUCUUGGCAUGUUCUCCUCCACCAGUCUUACACACUGCUUUUGGAUAACUUUAUGCUAAUCACUCCUGGUGCAAAAAUGUAAGCAGUUCAGUUUGGUUUGAUGGCUUGUGAUCAUCCAUCUUCCUCUUGAUUAUAUUCCAGAGGUUUUCAAUUUGGUAAAAUCAAAGAAACUCAUCAUUCUUAAGUGGUCUUUUUAAUUUUUUUCCAGAGCUGUAGAUAGAUGCAUUAGAUAAUCUAAAAUCACUGUGUCCUAAAAUAGGUCUUUUUGGUCGUUCUGCAGGUAAAUCACAACAUGUGGUAAGCAUUACAAUUUAACCAAAGAGGUGUAUUUUUUUUUUUUAUCUGUUUAAUUUUUUUUUUAUCUUGUAAAAAAAUGCAUUGUUUUUUGGGGGGUAAGCACAAUAAAGUGUUAAAGGGAAAUUACUGUUUGUAACUAAAAUUGAUUCCUUUUAUGGCAUUAAAGAACUUUGUAGCACCUUUCUAAACAGUGUAUGUACUUUACUGCAAUGAUGUAAUAAUUUGUAUUUUUUAUACUAAUUAAAUGCUUUUCCACACGUGGACAGGUAUGUUAUUUUUACAAUAGUAUAUUUUCAGAGAUUUUCAGGAACAAUUUUUUAUUUUUGUAUGUGACUUUUUUUUGUAAUGAAUUUUAAUGAAAAGAUCAAUCUCAAAUGUUUGGUAGAGCUGUACUUAAAAAAACAUGAUGGAUAAUAAAAAUCAUUUGCGCACGUUAAAGGGUAAAAAGAAAUGAAUAAUGAACCAAAAAUGGUUAUUCUAUGGCGCUACUUAGUAGCACCUUAUUUUAGGAGUAUCUGUACUUCACCACUAUGAUGUAACAAUAUAUUUUUUUUGCAUUUGCUGAUUGUUUUUAUACUAAAUAAAUACUUAUGACUGUC